GGACCGGAAGGACUCUAGAGAAGGUUCUGCACCAUGGCGGGUCCUGUGAGCUUGCGAGAGCUGCUAAUGGGAGCCUCAGCCUGGGUGGGUUCUGAAAGUCCCGUAGGGUCCCCUACUGAGGGCGGAGGGAGCGCGGCUGGCGGGCCGGAGCCUCCAUGGCGGGAGGAUGAGAUCUGCGUUGUGGGAAUCUUCGGCAAGACGGCUCUACGCCUGAAUUCCGAGAAGUUCUCUCUUGUGAAUACGGUGUGUGACCGACAGGUCUUUCCCCUCUUUCGCCACCAAGAUCCUGGGGAUCCAGGGCCUGGAAUCAGGACUGAGGCUAGCGCCGUGGGCGAGGCCGGUGGAGCCGGGGACCCUGGGGCUGCAGCCGGGGAUCCAGGUCGGGGAAGUGGAGCUACCGCGGAAGGUAACCGAACUGAGGCAGGCUCCCAGGACUACAGCCUUCUGCAGGCCUACUACAAUCAGGAAAGUAAAGUUCUGUAUCUUCUCCUCACUUCCAUCUGUGACAAUUCACAGCUUCUGCGGGCUUGUCGGGCUCUUCAGAGCGGGGAAGCUGGAGGUGGACUCUCUUUGCCUCAUGCAGAAGCACACGAAUUUUGGAAGCAUCAAGAGAAGCUGCAGUGCCUCAGUCUCCUUUACCUAUUCUCUGUCUGUCAUAUCUUGCUUCUGGUCCAUCCCACUUGUUCGUUUGAUAUCACUUACGAUCGAGUAUUCAGAGCCCUGGAUGGUCUGAGACAGAAAGUCCUGCCACUCCUUAAAACAGCUAUUAAGGAUUGUCCAGUUGGCAAAGACUGGAAGCUAAACUGCCGACCUUGCCCACCUAGACUCCUUUUCCUCUUUCAACUCAAUGGAGCCCUCAAGGUUGAACCUCCUCGGAACCAAGACCCAGCUCAUCCAGACAAGCCCAAGAAACAUUCUCCCAAAAGGAGACUGCAGCAUGCCCUGGAAGACCAGAUCUAUAGAAUCUUCCGAAAGAGUCGUGUCUUGACUAAUCAGAGCAUCAACUGCCUCUUUACUGUGCCUGCCAACCAAGCUUUUGUGUACAUAGUACCCGGAAGCCAGGAGGAGGACCCAGUAGGUAUGUUGCUGGACCAACUUAGGAGUCAUUGUACUGUGAAGGACCCGGAAUCUUUGCUGGUGCCUGCACCCCUUUCUGGGCCUAGGCGAUACCAGGUGAUGAGGCAGCACAGCCGCCAGCAACUUUCCUUUCAUAUUGACAGCAGCAGUUCCAGUUCUUCAGGCCAGCUAGUGGAUUUCACUCUUCGGGAAUUCCUAUGGCAGCAUGUGGAGCUAGUCCUAAGCAAGAAAGGUUUCGAUGACAGUGUGGGCAGGAACCCACAGCCUUCCCAUUUUGAACUUCCUACUUAUCAGAAGUGGAUCUCAGCAGCUUCAAAACUAUAUGAAGUGGCUAUUGAUGGGAAAGAGGAGGACUUGAGCUCACCCACUGGGGAGCUAACAUCUAAGAUUUUAAGCAGUAUUAAAGUCUUGGAAGGGUUUUUGGAUAUUGACACAAAGUUCUCAGAAAACCGAUGCCAAAAAGCUUUACCCAUGGCCCACAGUGCCUACCAGUCAAAUUUGCCUCAUAAUUACACAAUGACUGUCCAUAAGAAUCAGCUUGCCCAGGCGCUUCGAGUGUACAGUCAACAUGCUAGAGGUCCAGCAUUUCACAAAUACGCCAUGCAGUUACAUGAGGACUGCUACAAAUUUUGGAGCAAUGGCCAUCAGCUCUGUGAGGAGAGGAGUUUAACUGAUCAACACUGUGUACACAAAUUUCACUCAUUACCUAAAUCAGGAGAAAAACCAGAGGCUGAUAGAAAUCCCCCUGUGCUAUAUCACAAUAGCCGAGCUCGAUCUACUGGUGCUUGUAACUGUGGAAGGAAACAAGCACCUCGAGAUGAUCCCUUUGAUAUCAAAGCAGCCAACUAUGACUUUUAUCAGCUUCUGGAAGAAAAAUGUUGUGGAAAAUUAGAUCAUAUCAAUUUCCCAGUAUUUGAACCAAGUACUCCGGAUCCUGCUCCUGCUAAAAAUGAAUCUUCUCCUGCUCCUCCGGAUUCAGAUGCUGAUAAACUUAAAGAAAAAGAACCUCAAACCCAAGGAGAGAGCACAAGCCUGAGUUUAGCUUUGAGUUUGGGCCAGUCCACAGAUAGCUUAGGUACCUAUCCAGCUGAUCCACAAGCAGGAGGAGAUAAUGCAGAAGUUCACGGUCAAGUAGAAGUGAAAACUGAGAAGAGACCCAACUUGGUUGAUCGACAGGCAUCCACAGUUGAGUAUCUCCCAGGCAUGCUACAUUCCAACUGCCCUAAAGGUCUGCUACCCAAGUUCUCCAGCUGGUCUUUGGUUAAACUAGGCCCUGCUAAGUCUUACAACUUUCAUACAGGUUUGGACCAACAGGGCUUCAUCCCAGGAACAAAUUAUCUUAUGCCUUGGGACAUUGUCAUCAGGACUAGAGCUGAAGACGAAGGAGACUUAGACACAAAUUCUUGGCCUGCUCCAAAUAAAGCUAUUCCUGGAAAGAGAAGUGCAGUUGUAAUGGGAAGAGGAAGACGGCGAGAUGACAUAGCUCGAGCUUUUGUGGGUUUUGAAUAUGAAGACUCUCGAGGUCGGAGAUUCAUGUGCUCUGGGCCUGACAAAGUAAUGAAAGUAAUGGGAAGUGGGCCAAAGGAAUCAGCUUUAAAAGCCCUAAAUAGCGACAUGCCCUUAUAUAUUCUGUCAUCCUCUCAAGGUAGAGGGCUGAAACCUCAUUAUGCUCAACUUAUGAGGCUUUUUGUUGUGGUUCCUGAUGCUCCUUUGCAGAUAAUAUUAAUGCCUCAGGUUCAACCAGGCCCACCACCAUGUCCAGUAUUCUACCCAGAAAAACAAGAAAUCACCCUUCCACCUGAUGGCCUUUGGGUUUUGAGAUUUCCGUAUGCAUACGUGACUGAGAGAGGCCCUUGUUUCCCUCCUAAGGAAAAUGUACAGUUAAUGAGCUACAAGCUGCUCCGUGGGGUUCUUAAGGCAGUAACACAAUAAGUGUUUUCCAGCCAGUUCAAUCCUAUACUUGAGCUGGUUUUUUUUUUUUU